UGCAUGGACUGAAAAUAUUAUUUACGGAAACUAAACACGACUCUAUCGUGAUUUUAAUCUAUCUUGUUUCGAGCUAUCGUACUUAGACCCUCGUCCGUAAAAGUCCCAGCGGCCAGCUCAACAAUAUUGGCAAUCAUGAUCGAGGAAACUGACGACGCCGCGGGGCCUCCAUCGCCACCGUCCACCGCCAUUCCUCCUCCUCCACCUCCCUCCGUCAAAGUCCGUCUGCUCUCCGCCGCCGCCGCCAAUAUCCACGGCUCUAAGAGCCUGUUCAUCUUCCUCCUCCCGCUAAUCCUCUUCUGCUUAAUCUUCUCCCUCACCUCCUCCUCUACAUUCGCCCCGCUCUCUUCCUACUUCCUCAACCUCUCCGCCUCCGGCGACCGAGGAGUACAUCAUCCGCCGCCGCCGCACCGGGCGAGGAUCGCGGUGUGCCUGGUCGGCGGAGCGCGGCGGUUCGAGCUCACCGGGCCGUCGAUCGUGAAGAACGUGCUGCUCCGGUAUCCGAACGCCGAUCUCUUCCUCCACAGUCCUCUGGACGAGAACGCGUACAAGUUCUCGCUCCUCAAAUCCGCGCCGAGGAUCGCCGCCGUCAGCAUUUUCAAGCCGAGUUACAUCCCCGAGACCAAGUUGCACCACCGAGUUCUCACCGGCGCCGCCUCGCCAAAUGGCAUCCAGGGCUUACUCCAGUACUUCAACCUAGUAGAAGGCUGCCUCCAAAUGAUCACCGACCACCAGACCCGCCACAACUUCACCUACGACUGGAUAGUCCGGACCCGAGUCGACUCCUUCUGGUCCUCCCCGCUCCCGCCGACCUCCUUCCUCCCCAGCUCCCGCUACUUGGUCCCGCAGGGCUCCUCCUACGGCGGCCACAACGACCGCCUCGGCAUCGGCGACCUAAACUCCUCCACUACCGCCCUCUCCCGCCUCUCCCUCCUCCCUUUACUCUCCGACCACAAGUACACCAAACUCAACUCGGAGUCCGCCUUCCGGGCCCAGCUCGACCUCCGCCACGUGCACUACGAGGCGCACCGGCUCCCUUUCUGCAUCGUGUCGGACAGGAAAUUCUGGUUCCCGCCAGAUGGGCCCGGCGGGGUGCCCGUCGCGUCGCUGGGCAGCCCGGGCCCGCUGAGCGGGGCCUAUUGCAGGCCGUGUGCGGCAGCCUGCGAGGGGGAGUGCUUGGAGGAGUGGAUGCCCACGCUCAAUAGGAGGUGGAGUUGGACGGAGUGGCGGAACGGGUCGUUGAAGCUCUGUGAUGCUCAGGGAGAGUGGGAGAUGGGGUGGGAGCGGUUGUUCGAUGACGUGGCAGGGAGGGAGGGUGCGAGGGAGAGGGUGAGGGUUGGUGGGUUGAGUGGGAAGGAGUGUGUGGAGGAUUUUAUGACGAUGAUGAGGAAGACGACGAUUUGGGCAUCGCCGCCGGUGGAUGAGAUUUGUAGGCUGGGGAAUUGUACUGUUUAGAGAGGUUUUAGGGGUGGGGGUGGUUGAGUUGGAGAGAGCGAGUGAUAGCCGGGAAAUGGUAUGAAAAUUAUGUAUAUAUGGUUUGGAUUAGUGUUUGUAAAAAGGAAUUGCUAAUUGUUGUCCUGAUUAUAGUACUAUAUAUAGUUGGACUAACAUGAAAGUUUGAUUACCUUUUUUGUUAUUUUCGAGUGAUAUCAAGAGAAGACAAGAGUUAUACAAACAAAACUACACAGGAUCCCUCUCCAAGCGACAUCCUAGUGAAGCCAUCCAAUAAAGUCGAAAGACUCUAACACUAAGACAGACAAAAGUAGUGCUUUACGCGCCACUUUAUGGGCAUCACUGUUGGUGGCUAUAAGAACCGCCCUAAACUCUAUACAAACUGACAAAGAGUCUAGGAUCUGACGACACUCGCGAAGCACCGGGCCUCCAAAGGAAUCUUCUAGGACACCUUGUCGGAUUUGGUUGACGACCACCUUGGAAUCACCAAUUGCCAGCACCACAUGCCCGUCUGACUCGCGGAUAACAAGACCAGAUGAGCACCCUGAGUCACGAACAGCUGCAUCAAAGUUGAUAUUCAAAUAGUCAUUUGGUGGAGGCUCCCAAGUGGUUGGAGGAUGAUUUGGAAGGAUCGAUCUUGGGCCGGAGGAGGGGGGUGAAUAUUGGAAACUUCAAAGACCUGGUUGUAGAAUUGUCUGGCGAGGGAACUGACAUGAGGUUGGUAGAAUUCAAAAGUCACUUUAUUUCUAGACUUCCAGAUUCUCCAAAGUAAACAUACGCAUUGGACAAUGUGAAAUGAGGAGAUCUCAGAGAUCAUGACAUGUCGUCACCAUAAACUAAAACUAAUAGUCGAGGUGGAAUCAAUGAAGUUGUUCAAUCCAACUAAGGUCCACAACCUGGUGACUAGGGGGCAUCUGAAGAAAAAGUGUUUAAUGCUCUCUUGAACUCUUAAGAAAGUUUGAUUACCUCUUUGCCCAAUUUCUUAAUUAUUUAUUUGUGGUUGUCUCCUUGUCUUCCAUUCUUCGAUCAAUGUUGAGAAUCCCCGGUCGGGAAGAGAUGAUUGUGAUGAAAUUCGCAAGUUUUUUUGUUGCCUCAAGAGGCUUCUUAUACCAAGAGAGAAACUUAUUGUACAGGUAGAUAGUGUUAACCAAACGCAACGGUAACUAACUAGUACCAGACACAGUUAAGAUGCACGAAAUUGAGGACUCGGAGCUCAAACAUUUGGAGAAUUUCUUCAGUGCACUGGGAGUACCACUUCUCCCGUGCACUGCCCCAACAGAGGAUUGCCACGUGUUUAAGGUGUUAAAAAGUAAAAAAGACAGUUGCACUCUUGCGUGGUGAAAUCGACGUGUGUCACCUCAACGCCGGAUCUAAGUUCCAUCGACGACAAUCCCCCACCCCCCAAACAUGAAAUCAUAUAUAUGAAAGCAAUAAACUAGCAUUAGAGCU